UCAAUCCCAUUCAAACGAAAAUGAAGAAAGGAGCGACCCCUAAAGCUACUGCAAGUCGUCCUAAUGCUCCUGGUAAAAACUAUUUGGUAUAUGGAGCAAACUUCCACGGAAGUUAUCUGGAUACAGUACAUAAUGUAUUUUUGGAACAAGUAAAAGGUGGUUUAAGGAGAAAGAUAUUUGUUAUAAAUUUUGAUCAAAUGAAGGAAAAACAAGCUGCGAUUGCAGAAGCUCCAGCAAAAAAUGUUGGCAAAAAGAGUGCAAAAGAAAAACCUGUUACACCUCUUCAAAUGUUAUUAAAAUCUAUUGCCGAAUGCAGAUCGGAAUAUGAUCGAAUAACCAAAGAAAUAGAAAAAGAAAAACGUUUCGAUAUGUUGGUGUACUGGCUUGGCAAUGCUGAAACCACAGUUAUGUUUGAAGAUCCGAUAUUGACUAAAAAGGAGUCAAUAAAAGAUUCAAAAACAAAAGUUAAAACACGAAGAAGUCAGAGAAUUAGUACUGGAACAACUUUAAUGACAGAGCUAAGUUUUGAUUUGACUAUGUGCACAAAUGUUAUACGUAAAGAACAUCACUCUGUUGGACGACCCGUGCAGUUGUCUAAACGAAAGUAUAUCGAAGAUCAUCCACAAAACAUUAAAAUAAUUAUAGUAAUUGUUGGAAACUUAGAUCAGAAAAUGUAUCACGAUCUUCUUAGCCAUGGAGAACCGUUAGUCGGUAUUGUUCAUUUUGUGCCGGGUCAAAUGCCUUAUGAUAUAAUGGUACCAAAUAAGAUAAAAGAAACAUUUAGAGAAGAAACCUAUGAAGAAAUUAAGCAAUUAUUUAAUUCCUUACGUGACCCAGAUAUUUUCAAACCAACUGGAUUGUUUAAACAAGAACUGCCAGAGCUGUCAUAUUGUUUAGCACAAAACCUCCGAUUUGAUAUUUUUAAUCAACUUACAUGGUAUUUUUUUGAUCUAGAGAUGUUACGCAAAUACUAUCACGACUACUAUGUCGUACCUUAUCAUCAUGUUAAUGUUAUAAUGGACAAAAAAAAGAAUCCGCAAGAAAAUUAUCAAUUUCUGCAAUCAUUGGGUACUAGUGGACAUUUUAUAAAAUCAUCUUUACCCGCUUCAGCUUCGAAUAUAUUUACAGCUUCAAUGUAUUUGCAUAAUAUAUUAAACAGUUUUGAAGAAGAGGAUGAUUUGGUAUUAACAGAAUCGGAAAUACUUCUUUAUACAUAUGGUAUACCGUUGUCAAUUGCUAGUUACGACAAAUCAAUGGAAUGUUCACACAUACAGCAAAGGGCAUUUAACAGCAUAACGUUAAUAAAGAAAUUCAAUCGGAUUAUGGUUGAAGAUGCGAAUCAGUUGUUGUGUAAGGCAGUUUCAACUGCAAAUCAGAAGAUAUUUCGAAGCGUAUAUAGCACAUGCCUAGAAUACUACUUACUACGAGACUUUAUUCGCGACCCUAUACUUGAAAAGCCAAAAAAAGCGAAACCGUUACAAUUGCCAAUUUUUAUAAAGUUUUAUUCUACACAAGACAGUGUCUUACAAAGAACGUCAGAAUUAAUUUCGCGAUACAAUGACUUCAAAACGUACAAAAUUAAUCGAAGAUAUAGAUUAUAUCAUUUUAAAACUACAUAUAAUGAACUUUUUGAAGAAGAAACUGAUGUAGUGCUACCCUCUUGUUUAUGUUAUAGGGAUUUCACACUUUUUCAUUUAGAAGAAUUCCAAAAAUGGUUGGUAACACCGGAACAAAGGAAUAAGGAAUUGGAAGAUAAAACAACUGAUGAAGAACGCCUAAAAGCCAAAGAAAAAAAUUAUAAUAUUGCAGAAAACUUGUAUAUACGACCAAAUUCUUUAAAAGCUUUAUAUCCUUCCAUAACUUUUAUAAAUACGUGUUCAAGGCCAACGCUACCAUUCACAGGCAAAUAUCCAUCCAAGGGUCGAGAAUCAAAAUCUGUUUCAAUUAUACUUGACCCUACACUAAUUAAAAAGCUCGUCGAUUGUGAUUAUAUAGGCUUACCACCUCAGCAUCCACUUUUACAUGGUUAUACUUUGGACGACGUGCUUCAAGAAUUGAAUACAAAAAACUCGAAAUACUUCUUUGAAGAGGGUUUUUUACGUUUAUACGAAGAAAAAUUUUUACGUAAAUAUACUAAUAGAAAAUUGGAAUUAUGUGUGCAUGACAACUGCAUGAAUUUAAAUAGUGUCUCACCACAAGAUCCCAUGGUAGCACCCACUGUACGCAUAACAGCGAAAAAUGAAGUAGCUGUGCGUAUCGAACCGCAUGCAGAGGAAGUGGCAAAAGUGAUUAUAACUUAUCCGAAUGGUUUGUCAAUUUUUUAUCAAGAAGAUCUUGUUGAGCAAUAUUGGCAUAUGGAACACACUUUCAGAAAUGAAUGUAAACGAGUUUUCACGCCUUAUGCAGCGGUAAUUGUCUACUAUAAGGAGGAUAAUGUAGUACUAGUUAUGCGUUAUAACGGCGAAGUUUAUCAUCUCUAUCAAUAUGAAGAAGAAGAAGAAGAGGAGGGGCUAGAGGAAGAUGAUGAACAAAUAUGGGACCCAGCAAGCAGUUAUGUACAAGCAAUGUCUGGAGGAAAAUCUGAUAACACAAAUCUAGCAUAUAAGAUAGCAGACAACAUAUCUAAGCAAGUGGUACCUGAUGCUGAUAUGCAAAAAUCAAAGCAAACACUUAAAUCAAAUGUCGAAACUGCAAAAUCAACAUCACACAUAAGUAGAGGAAGUUUAGACAGUUUAUUAGAGAAUCAGUCCAAGAGACUUGCAUCCUUAUUCGCAAUUCCUUCUUUGAGCAUAACUGACUUCUUCAUAAAUGAACUGACUUUUAUAAAUCAUUUAAAAAACGUUUAUAGUCUGAGAUAUGUGCACCUUAAAAUAACUGCCGCUAGUGGACGUGUAGCUAAAAUAUCAUCCUCGGAUGUAAUGUCAGAUGGUGGACAAUUAAAAUACGUUGAAUGGCACGAUUACGUUGAAGAUGAAAGUUAUUGCAUGCGGCGCGAUGGUGUUAAGUUUUUAUGGACGAGGGAUAAAUUCAAAUGCUUUCAUGCGGAUGGCACACGUUUUGUUUCUAGAACGGAGGAGUACUUGGAAGAAUUUGAAAUUUGCGAUGAAUUUGAUGCGUAUAUAAGUACAAGUUCAUCACAUAUAAAUGAGGAACAAGAAGCAAACGAACAGUAUGAGGAGUUUAAGUCGAAAGCAGAUAGGGGCUUCAGUGGUUAUACAUACCCCUGUGAGAAGGGGAAAGGGAAGCGCAAGGGAUAUAAAAUAGGGCAUAGAAUGUUAUAUGAAGAAGGAAUCGGUGAAGAGUUCGAAGAACCAAAUAUAUAUGUCGGUUAUAAUUGCAAUGAUAUACUGAUACAACACAGGCACUAUGCUGCAGUUCGUUUUGAAAUAGUUAACAAUUCUAUCUAUAAUAUACACUUGGAUGUUUUUGCUAUUGAUGGCAUACAUAUAACGCAUGACAUUGUUGAUCGCAAAUUUCUAGAUAGUAUAUAUAAGGAAAAGGAUGAAAAUGACGACAAUGAAGAUUUUAAGUCGAAAAGCACGGAAAGUGGAGAGGAAAAAAAAUUUUUAGAGGAUGAAGAGGCACCUGUAUUUGUACCAGUACUGAAAGUAUCUUUCGAAAAUAAAUUUCGAGUUGCAGUAACACCAAAUGAUUGUCACAUGCUUGCAUAUCUGGAAAGAUAUAAUGAUCUGGAAGAAGUUGAAAUUGAUGCUUUUGACUUCAUAUUGGACUUCAAGUGGGAUUUACACAAGAUUUUUUAUUCGUUUAUAAAAAAAAUGAAUCAAUUCAAAAAUUAUAAAAAACCUAAAUCAAAAGAAUUAUUUUUUAUUGAAAGUGUUUCGCUGAAAGGAAAACCCAGACUUCAACCAAGAGGGUUUGAGUUCUACGAUGAACUACCGGAGUUAACUGAUCUUCACGUAGCAAAAAGUAACACUCUCAUUGAACUGAUUCCACUUCAAAAUAUCGAUGAAAGAAUGCAAAACGAAUAUGCACAUUACAAAAAGGAUAUGCUUAAAUUUCCGCGAUUUAGAAAGCGAGAUCCAAAGGAUACGGAAAUUGAAUUUCCACCGAUAUUAAGCGUAAACACGUAUUGCAAAGUGCCUAGGGCAUUACGAAGCACAAGCGAAAUACAUAAAUUCUUAGACCCAUUUGAUGCAAUUGAUUUCAAACACCAGCGCUAUCAUUUCAAGGAAGCACUAUUCCCUUUCCUGAAACCGAAUCUUCUAUUUGAACAAAGAAAAUUAAUGAGUUCAAUCAAUUGGAAACUGCAUAAGGAAGCACAUAAAAGAUACUUACAUGAAGAACAACAACGCACCUCCUUGUACAAUGCAAUGUUAAAAUAUAAGGAAUAUCCUAGAUACUUUCCGUUUAUGCAGAAAAUGUGUGGUAAAGUUGAGAAUAUUGAUUUUGUUGAAUUCUUCCGAGUUAUGUACAUCAAGAAAGCUGCUGCUGAUGCUAAAAGAGAGAAGGAAGAACUCGAAAAAGCGCAGGAGGAAUUACUGAUAGGUCCAAGGAGAAGAAGAUUAAUGUCCGAGUGCCAUCGUCGAAGUUUGAGAUCCCAUUAUUAAAAUUGUUUAGUUAUAAUUUAUAAGAAAUUGUUUAUAUUUUCUAGUGUUAUUUAAAAGCUUUGUU